CUCUGCUUGUACCGGCAGUGACAGUCUGUAACGAAUCCGACGCCCACCAGAUCGGGAUGGGGUUGACUAAGUUACAUGGAGAACUUACUCAAUGUUGCCUGGCUGAGGCUUUACUACACGUUCUGGAACGGGCUGCUACGUGCCAAGUGGAUAGAUACAUUUUGAUCUCCGUCGGGGAUACAACGAUCGCUGAGCAAGGAGCUGUGCUGUCGAAGUUGGUGAAUGGCUUUUUGCGUCAAAAUGAGGGCCUUAUAUCCAACAACUUAAUUGGUGAUGACUACUACACGCACGCGGACAAUGUAGACGAACUAAAACUCCCACUCGACCAAAUAGCAAGUCGAAUAUUGGUCGUGGCGUAUGCACCAUGCAAGGACGAAAUUGCAGUGCAGCUGGUGGAAGAGAUGACAUCGAAACUGCGGCACUCCUCAAAGAGAAGUAUCCUUUUGACACUGUGCAAUCCUGUUGGGUUGUUGGGGUUAAAGCCAGAUAAUCGAGCAAUAGCGGACCUCAGAAUGUAUCAUCUCAGUCGUAUUGGUAAAGUGGAGUCAGAUAGCGACUGGGAAACGAAUUUAAAGUUUAUUGGACAGCCAUUAGAUUUUCUGCAAGAUCAAUGCGGAUGGCAUUUCGUUAUGGAGUGUGUUCGCUGGAUUUCGGGGCCAGUUGAGGGUACAACCGCACUCAAUGGGACUUGUGGAGCUGCGAUGUUCUCGACAAUUAACCAGUUGCCAUUCCAGCUAUUGUUACUGAUAUUUCGAUGGAGUCACUUUCAUCCAGAGCUUGUCCGAGCCGGUGCCAAGAAGCUCUGGAAACAGACACAGCUCAUCCCACAAGCGCGAGUACGACACGAGAUUGCUGCAUUACAGAGACGCGAAGAACAGAUUUGGAGAGGCUUGUAUCAAUCUGCAGAACAAAUGGAGGAAACUACAGUGUUUACGAAACAGGAGCCAACCCUAUCUCCGUUGUGUCUUAAAUCGUCAUCUCCUCAGGAAUUAUCACGAAAAUUCGCUCGACUGUCCGAGUGUUGUCUAUGGGAUUCACAAAAGCAAUUUUACAAGGAUCAAGGCAUCCGUGCGUGGAGUUCCGGUAAAAUUCCUUUCGGUGUGUCCAGUAGUUCGUUCCUUGCUUCAUCAUAUGCUCGCAUUGUGGUCGACUUCUUAUUGAGUAAUGCUGACUAUGUCAAGCCUUCAAUUCGAAAGAAAAACUCUCCGAAUUGCUUUGUGUGGGAGGCUGCAAGUGGUUCGUGCAAGUUCCUACACUCAUUCAUGCUACACUUCACUGAACUUGUGGAUUCGAGCGAUGAGUUUAAAAAACGAGGUUUGGUGCCAUUAGUUGUCGCGACAGAUUUGAGUGAGCAAGUACUGAACUCGCGGCGUCAGAUGUCGUGCUUUCGUCAGUUUAUUGAGCGCGGACAGUUGGAUUUUGCGCUUUUUGACACAUACGAAUUCAUUCACGGAAAUCCUCAAGUUUCUGGGAAGCGAAAAACACUCGAACUUGUGCAUUCACAACGUCAGUGGAAUGUCGGAAGCGAUGGCCCAGUAGCAUUGAUGGGUAAUUACUUCUUGGACUCUCUGCGCGCUGACAUUUUCACUGUGGCCGUCCAGCUGGGUAAUGAAGCUGAUCUCAAUGUGAACAGACAAAGGAAGCGUAUAAUUGUACAAGAAGCGCUACUUGAUAAGGACACGUCAAGCAUUGUCAACAUGAACGUCAUUCUCCGUCCAGUUGUAGAUCCAAGGGUACAAUCCGUUUACGAAGAUGAGCGGUUAAACACAGUUCUAGUGGAAAUAGUGGACCAAUUCCACUCUCGGACCGGUACUUCUUCUACUUUAGAACCAGUUUCAUCAACUGGAUUGAUUCUAUUCCCUGUCGAAGCGUUCGAGUUCUUGUUAACGCUCUUCGAUAAUGAUGGCGAAGCAGACGCAUUUCCGAUUGUUAUUCUGGCUGGAGAUGCGAGGUUUUCUUUCCGAGAUGCUAUCUCGAGUGCAUUCAUUACUACCAGUACAGUCGAAACUUCGACGGGAGCGACUGAACCAGUGGGUCUAGAAUUGCCGCAGUUAUCUCCUCAUCCAGACUGCUUCUGUCUUCCUGUUGACUUUGAGAUCUUCGAGCUGUUCUUUAACCAUCUCAAUUGCAAGAAUGUUGGCAUUUCAGCUAGCUCACAAUUAGUCUCCGCUCCAGCUAGUGAUACGUUCGACGUGUUUUUCGCGACCGUAGGUAAAGACACUACAAAAUCCGAGACCCUGCACGCUAGUUUCAAGCAUCAGUUCGCGCGCUUCACACCUGGGGAUUGCGAUUUAUUGUGGGGCAUGAUGAGCUUUGACGACGGUGCACGCUGCUUUUCUAUGGAUGCUCUCCUUGCUCUGCUGGCGCAAACUGGCUGGGAUUUCGACUUGUUUUCCGUGUUACAUUGGGAACUGCUGAACCGGUGGAAGAAGCAAACUCAGAGUGAGGCGGCACAAUAUCGUCAUAUACUGAUUGAAGCAGGUGUCAUGUCUUGGAGAACGUUUUAUCACAUGGAGCACCAGAGCGAGACGGAUGGCACCACGCGAGUCAUUCGUCUACAACUGGCACGUUGGUUCUACGAACUGGAAGCGUACGAUAACGUGCUGGACAUACUGAAGCCCCGGAGCAACGAUCCUCAUAAAUCGAGCAGCGAUGUGGACGAUGUGGACGUCUUUUAUCUUCUUGGGCUGACAAACUUGCGGAAGGACGAGUAUUGGACUGCACUAUCCUACUUUCGAUGUUGUGUGCGUUUAGCUCCAACCAAAAUGAAGUUUCAACGCCAAGUAGCGAACACAUUGCUAGCUCUGCAAACAUUAAAGACUUCGUCAAACAGCUCCAACGAGGCAACAUGAACACGUAACAAUAAUUAUUUAGCGAGUAGACCGAGUAAGUUUGUACAUGUAAUGUCUAUCAAUUGUUUUUAGGUA